AUGCCGUCCACAGCCAUCACGGAAGCGGUUCCCCCGAGGACUGUCAUCGACAUCGGGUCCUGGGACGUGUCAGUGUCCUUGCGCAAGAUGCUAGAGGACAGGUUUCUUGCAAAGCCCGACGGCCAGCGCCAUCUGCCGACUGCACUUCUCUGUGAUGAAGUGGGCUUAGACAUGUGGCACAAGUGCGCUGCUUUGCCCGAGUUCUACAACAAACGAGAUGAGAUCAACCUGCUACGCCACUGGGCGGAUGAAAUCACCGCGCAUAUUCCAAGUGGCGCAGUUCUGAUUGAUUUGGGUGCUGGCGAUGUGAAUAAGAUCAAACCAAUCCUUGACCAGCUUGAAUCAACCCAGAAGGAUGUGACAUACUAUGCGCUAGAUGUGUCCAAAGAGUCCUUGAUAAAAUGCAUGGAUAUUCUGCCUGCUUCUUACCAACACGUCAAGUGUUAUGGUCUAUGGGGCACAUUCGACGAUGCGCGAGUAUGGUCCGACAGGAUCACUGCACCGCGCUGGUUCUUCUCACUGGGAUCCAUCUUCGGAAACGAUAGGUUUGACAUCGCUGUAGCUGACCUACAAAAAUGGUCUGCCAUCAUGCGGCCUGGGGAUCGCAUUUUCCUUGGUCUGGAUGGGUGCAAGGAUGUCGAGAAAGUAUGGCUUUCAUACAAUGACCCGCAGGGCCACUGGCAUGAUUUCGUCAGAAAUGGCCUGCAUCAUUCCAACCGUGUUCUUGGCCAUGAGUGGUAUCGUCCAGAGGAUUGGGAGAUCACGGGCGUGUGUGGGGAGACUCCCACGUUCCGCUAUGUGAUCAAAGCAAAGCGAGACGUCAGCUGUAAACCGUUGGAUCUGGAGAUCAAAAAGGGCGAAACCAUUCUGACCACAGAAUGGUACAAGUAUGGCCCUGAGGAGAUGCAGGAACAAUUCAAUCAUUCUGGGUUGCAGGAAACUGCUCGCUGGGAGUCCCCUUCUGGACCUACUUGGGACUAUCUACUGGCUGCCCGGUAA